UGAUAUUUCGAGAGAGUCGAACGUGAAAAGAACUUGCCGUAGGUACUUGUAAGCAGUUUCGGGGAACUGCAAACAGCUGUCGUAGCUGAGUCAUAGGCCAUGAAUUUCGCCGGGUGCUUAGGUGUUUGUUUGGUCUUAGCCUUGGAAUUGCCUUUGAAAUUGACGGCCUCAGCGAAUAGCAAUGAAAACUGCCCUUUGGAGCGCCAAAUGUGUUUGAGUAAUGGCACCUACGAUCACUGCUUUGGACUGGAAGUAAGGUAUCCAGGAAAAACCAACCGGUCAACCGGCCUAGUUUAUUGUGACUCGAUGUUUUGCGAACCGGAGGAAUUUCAGCAUGACUACAUCAUCCGCAACCACGAUCAAACACCCCACUUGAAUAGCUGGAAACGGACUAAAAUUGGCGAACGUGCCACUUUGCACGAUGUUUGUUUGCUGAGGAAUGGAAUGCCGGUCACCAGGGCCUGCAAAUUGCAGGAUUUUCGUGCUCACUGGGAGUCCUUGGACGAAUGGUAUCGUGUGGUGUGUCUCAGGCGUUUUAGGGAGCACACAAUCAGUGGUGAUUUGAAUAGACUGCAUGAUGACAUCCUCGAGGGCAGGCGACGCACCAAUGACACCCAAGGACGUCGCGAGAUGUCCGGCUUGAUGAGGAAUAUGUUUCGACAAAGGGAUAGGACUUUGCUUCCCGUGGAUGUCCAUAUGACGGGUCAGAUGUUUGGCACCCUGAUGCAACAGGACAAGGAUGCAGCUGUCAGUGUUGAUUUGGUCAGUGUCUGCAAGGAGAUAAUGUCCUGCGAUAGACAGGUGCUCCGCUUGUCGGCCCAACUUAACGCCACGAACUCUCUUCUCAGCCAGUUUGAAAACUACAUGGAUGCCUUACCAGAUCAAAUGGUGCCCAAGGAAAGAUGUGGCAAAGUAGUUCCCAAACCAAGCAGCGAUGAAGCUGAAACGGCCACCACUGGCGUGGAAACAUACAACUUUGCGGAUAUAGGAGUCCAGGCUUUAAUUACCGGCAAUAUCAGCGUGUUCUUCGCCAAUCCAGAGUGCGAUAGCAUAACUGGCAUUGCCAUAUACUCAGCUCCUUCGUGGGAUCGACGAACUUCCGCCAGUGGCUUCUGGUACCGCUUUCUUCGAUCCUCCGAUGUCUUGGCUAAAAUAAAGCGGGAUUCUGAUUUAGAGACAGCUGCCUUUCUGCCGGAUAAUCUUUGGCGGGAGGUAAGAAGCAGAGGAGCUACAUAUCUCAUUUUCAAAGUAUACUCCCACGAUGCCCUCUUUGUGGAAUCCACACAUCAACGCAAUCGCAGGCCCCGCAGCAAGGUGAUCUCCAUUUCGUUACCAGGAUUAGAAAACAACUUUCUAUCUUUGCCGUUGCCCUUUCUACUCCGCAAUGAGAACCUUCGAGAUCCCGAUGCUAAGGCCCUUAGUUUGGGUAGUGGAUGCGGUUAUUGGAACUACGUGACCUGGCUGAGCGAAGGAGUCACUACGAGUAGCAGUUCAGAUCUGCUGAAGGAUCCCAUCAUCGAGUGUCAUACGUACCACCUCACUCAGUUUGCAUUUCUAGUGGGUGGCAGCUAUCGGACCAACGACCUGGGCGAGGAGGUUCUGAUCACACCUAUAAACGAGAAAGUGCUAGACAUUAUCUCCAUCGUGGGAUGCAGUCUUUCGCUGCUGGGAAUACUGGGAAUUUUCCUCACAGCAGCUCUAUUUAAGAGUUGGCGAAGUCAAGCCUCCACGAAGGUUCUACUCCACCUCUGCCUGGCCUUGUGUCUUCAGAUGGUGCUCUUCGUGUUCCUCAACACAGAUGAUAUAUCCGAACAACUGGUGGUCAAUGGGGACACAGUGCGUUGCGUGGCUCUGGGAGCUGCUAUGCAGUACUCUAUUCUGGUGCUCUUCAGUUGGAUGCUGAUUAUCGCCUUUCUUCAGUUUCAGCGAUAUGUGACCGUAAUUGGAAUCGAAAGACCGCGUCACUACAUCCUGAAGGCUGCCCUAGUGGCCUGGUCACUGCCUUUGGUUCCCACCCUGCUGGUGGCCCUUAUAGAUCCAGAUUCUUACCUUCCUUCGGCUGCUCAACUCUCCACGGAUACAGGGAUCUGUUAUCCAUCCGGAUAUGGUCUGAUCUUUGGAGUGGUCCUGCCUGUGACCCUGAUCACUGUGUCCAACCUGGUGAUCUUCGUAUAUGUAUUCUACAGCAUCUCGCAUUCCCUGAGCCAGAGCAUCCACAAGUCUGAAAAGAAAAUGGUCGUGAAGCAGAUCCGACUGUCCAUACUGCUAUUUUUUCUGCUGGGUAUCACCUGGAUCUUCGGAAUAUUCGCCUUCAUGCAGGCAGGAGUGGCCUUCUCGUACCUCUUCUGCAUCACGGCCACCAUGCAAGGAUUCGUGAUGUUCGUCUACUUCGUCCUUCUGGAUUCAGCGAACCGACGUGCGUGGGUGGGUCUGAUCUGCCCCACCAAGAUGAAAAUGGACGUCCAAAAGCGCACCACCGAGCUCCAGUCUAUGACCACCUCAUCGACCAACUUCACGAGCAGAUCGCACAAUUAGUUACAGCAACUUCAAUAUGUCCAACGAACAAAAGGUCCAUGACCAGUUAAUUUAAAAAUUAAUUCUUAUAAUUUGCCAUUACUUAUAAGUUUUAGAUUUCACAACUAGAUUUGUGAAAACAUAAUACACGAAUACAAACGUAAACUUUA